CAUUAUUAACACUAUCCAGCACACAGGGGAUAGUACACAUUGGUGAGUGUCCAUUAAAUUUGCAUUUGGUUCUCUUACCAGCUUUGCCUUAAGUGGUGAGGGUGUUCCAAUGAUCCAGGCUGAUCAACUGAAUGUAAUUUCCCAACAUCUCCAUUCCCUUAAUCACCACCAAGAUCUUUGGACAGACAAACCACACGGCCUCUGGCCAUAGAUUCCCCAGAUAUAGCAAAAGAACACAUUUGUAAUGGAAACAACUCAACAGUACCACAAAGUAGGCAUUUUCAGUGACCCAGUCUAAUCUAAAGCAGACAUGACAAUCCUCCCCUGAGUAUGGACCUAUUUAGAAAAGGAGAACAACCCACUCACAGGCAUAGAUGAACCUAAACCUCUUUGCACAUGCAAUGGUGGUAAACACUAUGGCCAGGCUGUCACAUUGGCUGAAACAUAUGCAUCCCGUGUGGAACAGCCUAUUCACCAACUUACAUGGGCCUUAGCUGCAGCAUUAAAUCUCAAAUGGAUUGGUUAUGAUGUUUGCAACGCCUUAGUGGGGGAGCUUCUUCCACCCAAAAGCCCCUUUUACAACAUGUGUGUUGAUGCUCCAUUUCAACAAUGAUGGGCAUAACACCUUAAAAGACUGACACACAACCCGCAAACAGGAGUAUCUAGUGGUGAAUAACCUCACUCUUUAUUGUAAACCACGGUAUUCAUACCACAGUAGAGAGCACCUUAGCAAUUCACUUUUAUGGGAGGGGGUCAUAAAGGUCAUGAGUCAUUUUUAGACCCCUGAUAAAGGUCAUUUAUGUCCUAUUAACUUGGUACAUAGGAUUACAUACACAAAAUAAGACUCGCCAAAUCAACCAGCAUUACAAAACACUAUUCAAGAAAUAUCAUCGCUUUGCAGUAGGUAGAAGUUGUACUGUACUCAUUGAAAUCAAUAAUGGCUUGCUGUUGAUGAUGGAAGUACUACUUCAAGUAGUACAGUACAGUAUCAAGCAAGGUAAGCCAUUUGUUGCUCGUAGUAACCUCCUCCUGGUGUGAAAUGCUAAUAGACUCUUUGAUGUCAUAUUCGCUAGCUAUUCAUAAUCUAGUACUAGUGUUGUCCUCACAGUCUACAAGUAGGUCGUAGUACGUACUCCAGUGGUUAUUUAGAACAGUUAAAAUGUCAUGAUAGCAAGAGUGUUACCUCUUCUGUUUCAAAAUUACAACAAUAAUUCUACGGAACCUGUUAUGAUAAUUGUACCGAGGAAAAAAAAUAGCACGGUAACGAUUCCUUUAAUUAAUUUCAAGAGUUGUUAACAGUUACGAGUAUCUGGUCUUUCUAAAAUGAUGAGGAAGACCCGGUAGAUGCGAUUCGGAAUGAUUGUGAACGUUAAAGAAAAGGAACGGAAAGUUAUGAAAUACCCACACGAAUGGAUAUUUGUGGAGUUGCGUCUCCUGAUAUUUUCCGUAUCCGUGGUUCUGUUUCUAAAUCGAUUCAACAAGACUUAAUAUGUUUAUCUCUAUGGUCGCGGUUUUUUUAUUCUAACGCACCUGUAUGACUAUUUUUCUAAGUAUUCCUAGUUCUUACUGCACAAAAAUCGAUUUAGAACGCUGAAAUUAAAUAGUACCCACGUGAUAUCACAGUUAAUAUCACAGUUAAACUCAGUUGCACGGCGUCCACAAUUUUGUUGAAAUUCCUUCAUUCAAAACCCCAAAUUUUUCAGGAGAACUUGAACGCCAGUAUGAUUGUAAUCGGAACUUGGACCCGCUACUGGUACUCAAUGAUACAAUGCAUUUGUUGGUUUAAAACGAAAUAAUUUCAAUUGGUCUCUAUUGGAUGUUUAAAUAUAUUUUUACAGGAAAAAAAAUAGACAAUGAUCGGAAGAAAGAAGACAACUAUGAACUCCGUGGUCAUGUUUUUAGUCGCAUUGGCGGCGGCAUCGAAUCAAAGUCAACUCGUGUACGGACAGGUAUGUGAUCAACAUUGGCAUCAUUUCGAAUAAGAGGAAUGAAUCCAUGGUUGACUGGAUGGUUUCGAUGGUACUCAUGGAACGGAAUGGGUUGCUGUAGUUGUUACCUUCGAAAUUUCUCGACAUUCUCACAAUUCUCAUGUUUUACGGACUACAUAACAAAUAAAUUCCAUCACACGGCAGUCAAGCAGCUCGGACCUUUCAUAUUAUAGAGAAGCCAGUCAGUUGCGCGGUGGACAAAAUAGAUCCUUGAAAUCGGCGAAAUCACCAAAGUCAUAUAAGAGCAAGAGUGCCAAGGAAACAAAAAGUGGGAAAGGUGAACAACCCGGAGCAAUUAUCUUACCUGAAACCAGCACCACUACCGGUCCUACCAACAACCCAACCAAUGCGCCAACCAGAACACCAACCAGUACACCAACCACGAAGCCUACGCUGUCUCCAACACCGAAAAAAUCUGGAAAGGUCGGAAAGAAGAAGGAGGGAAAGUCGGAGAAGAAGGCCAAGUCCGACAAGAGUGACAAGGGUGACAAAAAGAAAAAGAACGAAGACAAUACUUUAGCACCUACCCCGGAUCGGAUCCCGGAUCCCAGCAUGUAUCCAAACCAAACACCCACCCCGGCCCCAACACUAGUUAAAACACGCGCGCCAACGAACGGACCAACGGCCGCACCAACGAAUUCUCCGGUAGCUCCAACGGCCGCACCAUCGAUUUCUUCUACAGUCGAAACAACGGUUACGAGCAGCAGUUCGGAAAGUUCAAUAAGCUCUGUCGCCAAUGGGAUGUUCAAGAGAAAUCGGAGCAUAACUAAUCCACCCAGCUCGCAACCGUCAUCAAACCCAAGCUCACAACCGUCCCUAAGCCCAACCAGUUUUGAAUUCAAGAAACAACAAAGAGCGAGGAGAUAUAACCAGCGAGUACGAAGAAGGCGCCGCCGCCGAAGAAAGAGAAAGGAGAAAUCUGAAGGCGCUGAUGAUGUGAACGAAAUCUUUGUAGACGACGUUGAUGAAAUCACCGUUGAGGAUCCGGUGUUUAGAAAGAUCCCCAUCGACAACCUCGAUGUCCGCAAAUGAGAAACCCAAACCAAACCGAACAAAUUCUAUAUUUUAUU